CUACCUCUACUCGCCUAUGAUGCAUCCGAUUAGAUAUGAAACAUCAUCCUUUAACCAAGUCGUCUGAUCGCCCACCCAACUCGCUGGAGCCAGAGGUGAGCACGCGUCGGCAUUAACCAACUUUCCGAAAUGGGGUUGAGUCGUGAACUGAUUCCAGCCUCGGCACUUUAUGACUGCUUGCACGUGGGCCACGUUACGAACACGAGAUACGAGCUCACAGCCACUUGCUAUUCGGUUGGUGGAGGGAUUCUUUCUCCGCACAAUUGCGGGCUUCAGAAUUACGACGAGGACGGACGCGAGGGAAUAGCAGUUUGGUUCAGGCGAGGAAGUCUGCUGUUGUAUACCUUCCCAAUUUACCUGCGUCCAUCCACGUUAUGGCCGAAUCUUCCCCUCCAGAGUUGACUGAGUGGCAUCCCUUGCUGCGCUCAUCCGCAAAAUAUGAUCUCGUCUCCCCCAGUGUCAGCCCUAUCUCCAUUUCCGAAUUGCUAGAUAUAUCGGAUAAUAGAGGUGAAACCGAGAGACAACUAGCGCUGAACAAUUUCAGACUGGGAGAAGAUGAAUCACCAGUGGGAAGUGUCGAAUUCCGGAAGAACCUGGCUUCGCUCUAUUCUGCUCGCUCAGCGGGAGUUACGCAAGAUCACAUCAUAAUAUCCCAUGGAACCGCUUCCUCAAAAUACACCGUGUUCGCUGCCUUGCUUUCGCCAGGCGACCACGUCAUCUGUCAGUACCCGGUUGAUGGCCUCCUCUACGAAACCCUAGCAUCUCUCGGUGCCGAAGCAGCGCGGUGGGAGGCAGAGCCUGCGAAAAGAUGGCAGCUGGAUCUCGAGGAACUUAAGAACUUGAUCAAAGAUAACACAAAAAUGAUUGUGAUCAAUAGUCCCUGCAACCCGACCGGAGCGAUUGUCUCGAAACCAAAACUUGAAGCUCUCAUCGAAGUUGCAGAAGAGAAGGGCAUAUUCAUAUUGGCAGACGAAAGCUACAGGCCCUUAUUCCAUUCAAUAUCACCGUCAGAUGAAGACUUCCCACCCUCGGCAAUCAACAUGGGAUACCCAAAGGUUAUUGUGACGGGCACAAUAAGCCAAGUAUACAGCUUGCCCGGAAUUAAGGCUGGCUGGAUUGCUUCGAAGAACAAAGAAAUCCUGGAAGCCUGCAGCCGGGCCCGGCGCCAUUUAGACCUGUCGGCUUCAAAGCUCGAUCAAGCAGUAGCUGCAGAGGCUCUGAAUGAUCGAUGUAUUCACGCACUGUUAGGCAGGAAUAUCAGACUGUGUCAAACUAACCUGGAGCUUCUUCAGGGAUUCAUCGAGGAACACAGCUGGGCUUGUUCAUGGGUGAAGCCAUUAGCCGGAACGACCGCCAUGCUCAAAUUCCACAAGAUGGGGAAGCCUGUGGAUGAUGCGAAGUUUUGCUUAGCUCUUCUCAAAGAGUCAGGCCUGUUCAUCUGUCCAGCAAGUACGUGCUUCGGUGACAGCAAAUAUCGCGGGUACGUUCGAGUCGCAUUUGGAGUUUCGACAUCGCAAUUGAGAUCGGCGCUUGCGGCCUGGACUUCUUUCAUGGAAGAGAACUAUGACUCUGUCCCAACGGCAUCAAGAAAGUGAAAUCCUCAGCCGUCGCUAGCAGCAUUGUCACUCUGAACGUAAUAGUAUCAAUGUUUCGCCAAACCAUGUGGCCACCAAAUAAAAC